AGAGCGCUUUCAGACUGGAGGGAGUCGGACCGAACGAACUGGGGUUCCCAAAUAACGGGAACAUAGAGACAGACACACAGACGGAUGGCGGGACAGAGCCAAAGAAAAGAUACCGCAUAACGGGUACCGUGUUUAUGUUUAUCGUUUAGCUUUCAUUUAGUAAAAAAAAAAAAAAGCUGGUUUAUUUAUUUAUCUUUUGUUUAUCGAUUGAUUGCGUUUUAAUUACCGGCCUGUGACAGAGAGGGGGAGGAGCGAAAACCAGAGGCGUCCCUGUGUAGCCUUACUUAUUAUUUGAUUAUUUAAAUGUUUCAAAUAUUUGAAUUGUAUAUUUUAUCAUAAUGCUUCUUGUGUGCAUGUAUUCGUGAGCUGACCAUAGCCAUUUCUGCUUAUAACCAAAUAUAGAGAACCAAAAAUAACAACAUAACACCAGCAGCUGCUAACCUUUUCUGAUCCGACCAUACACCUGCUACAACAGACAGCGAGAAAGAAUAGUUUUUCAUCGAAGUAAAACUGGAGAGAUAUUUAUUUACAAGUGUAAACCAAAGCAAAACCGAUCGAGGUAAAAGAAGCCACUGUGACGGGAAGAGUCGCACACCUGUCGUGAUAAGCAAAACAUAUGGGAAUACCUUCAAGAAUAUAUCAAAAAAAGAAUAUUCCAUACAGUUCAUAUCUAGGCUAUUUUGUAGCCACAUACAGGCCUAACUUUUACCAAUGAGAGAAUACCAGCGUUAGAGAGUUACUCAAUGUCUAUUAAUUCUGUUAAUGACUCAUAUCAACAGAAGCCUAUUUUACAUAGCUGGCGUUGUGUAUCCGGUAUCCCGACUAUCCGUCUGUGUGUUAGUCUCAAGUGAGCACCGUUCACUGAACUACUAAGGGACCAUAUAUCCACAUCGAUAUGACAUAGAUAGAGGCACAAAACCAAAAAUGUGAACGUAGCAUAGGCUAGACACAAACUCAACCAAAUAUUCUUACUACCAAACAUAUUUUGAAACGUCUACCUGGAAAGCAUACGAAGAAAGGCAACAAAGAAGAGAAGACAAGCGCAAUUCGAAGAAAACUGCAAAUAAAAACCAAGAACGACAGCGGAUCAUGUUUGUUCCCUUGCCGGUGCCGUUCGUCUUUCAGAGAACUGCUUCCGACUUCAGCGCCUGGCGUCUCAAGUCCCCGCUGGCUCUACGUUCCAGCUCCGAUAUCAGGAUGUCAAAACCAGCAGAGGAUGAGAAGCCUGGGACAGACUUUCCAGGGGAGAGCACAGACUCAGAGAGGAACAGUCCCGAUGCAAAUGAUCAGGUUCAGCCAAUGAAAACGAGUCCCUUCAGUCUUUCUCCUUCCUUGAGCAACACCAAGAGUAAAAGUGAGGCUGGCCCUGAGAUGACCUCCACCCAUGUGCCGCCUCCCUCCCAGCAGCAGACACCUCACCCUCACACACAACUCAUGUUGGCAGGGAGUCAGCUGGCAGGGCUGGCUGCCCUCUUGCCUGCGCAGCAGCAGCUGUUGCUUCAGCAGGCCCAGGCUCAACUCCUGGCCGCUGCCGUGCAGCAGUCCAACGCGGCUCACGCUGCUCAUGCCGCCCACGCAGCAGCCCAAGCCAAUCAGCAGCAGCAGCAACAACAGCAGCAGCAGCUGACCAAACAAGAGCAUGCCCAGCCUCAGCUCACGCUCUCUCAACCUAUCCAGCUCACCGCCCAGGAUAUCCAGCAACUGUUGCAGCUGCAGCAGUUAGUCCUGAUGCCCGGCCAUCACCUGCAGUCUCCUCAGUUCCUCCUGCCUCAGGCCCAGGGACAACAGGGGCAGCAGGGUUUGCUCUCGACACCAAAUUUAAUUUCGCUACCUCAGCAUCAGCAAAGCCAGGGGAGUCUUCUAACUACUCCACCCAGGCUGGGACUGCAAGCACAGCGUCGUCACGGUGACGGCCUCACGUCGUUACAGAGGGACAAGAGCGGGGACGGCGGUGUGACCUCCGGGGCCUCGGCCGCCCCCAUGACCUCGGUGACCUCUGGCCCGCACGGCGAGGAGCCAAGUGACCUGGAGGAGCUGGAGCAGUUCGCCCGCACCUUCAAACAGAGACGCAUCAAACUGGGCUUCACACAGGGUGACGUUGGCAUGGCAAUGGGGAAACUGUAUGGGAAUGACUUCAGCCAGACCACCAUCUCUCGCUUCGAGGCCCUCAACCUGAGCUUUAAGAACAUGUGCAAGCUCAAGCCUCUGCUUGAGAAGUGGCUAAACGAUGCAGAGACCAUGGCGAUAGACAACAUGCUUCCCAGCCCCAGCUCUCUCUCCUCCCCCAUGAUGGGGUUUGAGGGCAUGACGGGGCGCCGCAGGAAGAAACGCACCAGCAUUGAGACCAACGUCCGCGUGGCCUUAGAGCGCAACUUCAUCUCGAACCAGAAGCCUAACUCAGAGGAGAUCCUCCUGAUGGGAAAGCAGCUCAACAUGGAGAAGGAGGUGAUCCGGGUCUGGUUCUGCAACCGGCGCCAGAAAGAGAAACGCAUCAACCCCUGCAGUGCCACCCCUCCCCUGCCCAGCCAGUCCUCCCUUGUGACGCACAAACCCCCCUGCUACAACCCACACAUGAUGUCUAGUCAGGGGCUGCACCAGGCUGCCACCAGCCUCAGCACAACCGUGACCAGCCCAUCGCCCUCGGCAACCUGCCCUCUGACCCCCAGUGGCUCUGCAACUAUGAGCUCCGCCGCCUCCUCUGUGACUCCGCCUCCACACAGCACAGCCAGCAACGCCCCUCCCACCCUCAGUGCCCACAGCCUGAAUGCUGGGAACACAAUGAUGGGAGUAAGCACAGGGAUGAACCAGGCUCUCAUCAGCAGCAAUCCCCUGGCCACAAUGCAAGCUCUGGCUGCCAGUGGUGGGCAGCUGCCCAUUUCCAGUCUUGAGGCCGGAGGUCAGAUGAUCCUGGGCGGGGCUGGGGUUCGCCCCUCCCUAUUCCUCAACCGCCACACCCUCCUGCCUAUGGCGUCCCACCAAGCCUGUGUGGGAUUGGUCGGCGGUCCCAGGGGCGACUCUCCGCCCCCCCGCGCCAGUGGCAUGGACGUCGACUCCUGCUCCGCCUCUCCCUGCUCCAGCCCUGCCUCCUUCUGCUCGUUCAGCGAAGCCUCACCGCCGCCGCUUGGCGGGGCCAUGGCCGAGUGACGACGACACAACCCAAAGGUUCCUGUCGGAAGGUGGAGGAGGAGGAGGAGUUUUAGUGGAGCUUUACAGAAACACCUCGCCUUUCAACCAAAGCCAUCUCUCUCUCCCUCCAUUUGUCGCCUUCGCUCUCUCUGCCGGAGUCUUUCAAAGCCAAAAAAUACACAGAUUGAAAGAGGAAGACGAGAGCGAGGAAGAAUGGAGAGGAGGAGAGAACAGGAGAACGGUGGAGAAUUAAACCAAAAAAAAUGAUCUAUACAGUUGGAGAGGUGGCAUUGUGGAACGUUUUGUCGGCAGUGAAUGCUAAUGUACAUUUACUCCUUUCUAUGGAAAAGAACAAAUGAGCUAAAAACAAACAGCUGAAAAGAGGGCAGGGAUGACAACUGAACUAAGACUUUGUGUGAGAGAUGGGUGGCAAGGACAGGAAAGACUUUCAACAAGCUUCAGUGGAUGGAUGGAAAGAAAACCACAUUUUAAAAAACCUAGAAGGGAAAAACACACAAAGAUAAACAAUGACAAACAUGCCAAAAUCUCCAAAACCGAAAUACCAAAAACUGAAACCAAAAAAAAAAAAACGGAGAGAAAAGCUUUACUUAAAAGACUUAUGAUUCUGAUCUGUUCAGGAUCAGCACAUCACCCACACUCAAAAGCAUGUAUGAUUUCAUCGUAAUAUUAUUAUUAUUUUUAUUUAAUAAAAAAAAAAACGUUUUCAACACUUAUUUUUGUAUUUUAUAUGAUUUGAUGAUUUGAUAUAGAUAUCUUUGAUAUAGAUAUCUUUGAUAUCUUUGAUAUAGAUAUCUUUAUUGAUAUAGAUAUCUUAGUAGUGUCAGUCCUCCCACAUAUCUUUGCCUACCUCUAGUGGCUGUACAGUUUCAACUUAUUUACAGUACAAAGCCGUGUUGUAGAUUUAGCAGUCACCUCGAAUUAGUAGCUUUACAACUUAUUUUGUGGUAUGUUUUCCUAUUCCAUUUCCUUUGUUUAUUUCACAUUUUGCUGAUUGAAUCCUCAUUGUCAUGAUCAUCAUAAUAACCACCCUCGUCAUUAAGGGCUAUUAACUUCAACAUCUGUUUAAUAUGAUGAGAUCUUGUUACCUCCUUUGUUUCUUAACCUCUUCUUCUUUCUUAACCCUCCCCUUGCGAAGAUAAGGGCACUGGGCCUUUUUCUCAAAGGUUUGAUGAGAUUGGAGAGAACCCACUGGGAGGGAUGUUAGACCGUACCUCCACGCAGAAUAUUUCCAGAUCCUUUGUCUGCCCUUAUGGACUUCCUUCUUCAAUUCAAACGACAAUGGGGGUUCAAGUCCGGAGACUGCAAAAUGUUGAUUUCUGUGGCCAAUGAAACUUUUCUUUGUGGAUUUGGAUUAGUGCUUGGGAGUUAUUGUCUUGCUGGAAGAUUCACUUGUGGCAAAAUAACCCCAUAAUGUCAAAGAUCCACCACCAUAUUUUACCAGAAUGAGGUACAUUUCUGCAUAUUCUUCUGUAUUUCAACGGCAAACCCACCACUCGUGUGCAUGGCCAAAUAUAUAUAUUUUUCAUGUCAUCUGAUCAUAGCACUGUCUGGAGUUUUAUAAACAGCACUGGCACUUAGAUUGGAACCGGGUGCUAUGGUCAAAGGACAUGGAAAUAGAGCUCUUUGGCCACACACACCAGUGGUGGGUUUGGUUUUGAAAAACAGAAGAAUAUGUAUAAAAGUACCUCAUGCCAAUGUUAAAAUAUGGUUGUGGACCUUUGAUAUUAUGUGGCUAUUUUGCUUCCACGGAUCCCGGGGCCCUUCUUAAGGUCAUCGGCGUCAUUAACUUUACCAAAUCCCAACCGGGCAUUUUAACCAAAAACCUGGUUGCAUCUGCCAGGAGACUGACAGUUGGCCACAAGUGGAUCUCCCAGCAAGACAAUAACCCCAAACACAAAUCAAAAUCCACAAAGAAAUGGGUAAUUGACCACAAAAUCUCAAUUUUGCAAUGGCUACCUGUUGUUUGAAGGCUCAGUGUAGUUAUCCUUGCAAGGGGAGGGUGCUAGAGUAUUAAAAACCCGGGGUGUGAAUCAUUCUGAUCCUUAUCUUUUCUUUCUUUCUUUUUCUCUGAGCAAUUGUAUUAGUAUAAAAUAAUAUAAUUUCCCCACUUAUUUUGCAAACAAAAAGUAUUUGUAUAAUUUAUUUUAUACUGUAUUUUUUGCUAAUCUUUAUCAAUGUAUAUAUGAACACCAAAAUGUACUCUAAUGGCUGUUGCUUCAAGCACGCACGCAUGCAUACACACACACACACACACACACACACACACACACAGACACACACACACACACACACACUACUCUAGAAUGUAUCGGGAUGUUGAAGCUAAAUAAUCUUUAAUGCCUUUCAUUAUAUUCGUUUGCCUGUUUUUUUUUCUCUCAAUAUAAUUCUUUUUUCAUAUCAUUCCACUGACAUCAUAUCAGUCACUUCUAGUCAGUCACUCUUGGAUACCAAAGCAUUGUUUCGCCCAGCCGGAAGAGCAGGGAAAACAAGUGUUCAGACAGAGACCUCAGCCGUGUCAAAAACCAAACACCCCAUAACAGAGGACGACUCCACACCAACCAAAAAAAAGGACAGCAUCCCUCCGAGCCCCCAACCCCCUGCCCUCCACCCCUUCUGCCCCUCUCCUUAGCCUCGAAAGAUGGGGUCAAAGAGCCAAAAAAAAGAAGAUGAGAAGAAAACAAAAAGACUGCCCAGAGGAGUCAAAGGCAAAAAGAGGAUCUGAUGGAAACUGCAGGGGAAAACGGAGGAGAAAGCUGGAACGAAGGACCAAAACCAAAAAAUAACCUUACCAAAACCUACGUAUGAGCGACUUAACUGAACAGAUGAGAAACCAAAAACCAAAUACAACACGUUGUGGACAAAGAAGUGGAGGAGGAAGAUAAGGAAGAGGAGGAGGCUUUAGAGUCUGUCACAGCCUGAGAGGCUCCCUCUCUCACUCUCUCCUCCCUCCUCCAUUUGUGACCUCACUUUGUUCACCCUUUUCCUGGAUGGAGGAACAGCUAAUGACCUCACGGAACUGAAUUUAAGAAUAUAUAUUUUUCUUUUUUUUUGCUUUUUAUGGUUGGUCUGUCGAUUGCUGUAUGACUUUGUCUCAUUGCUUUCUACUUGUAAUGGAGAUGAUGGGGUCAUUUAUUGCCUAUUUUCAUAUCUGGUCUGGGCUAUUAUUGGCGUGCUCUGGCUUUUUUUUUUUUCAUUCGGUGGUUGGAAAUAAUACUGUGAAAAUGUGGCUUCCAAAUUUUUUUCUUUGAGCAAGAAUGUUGUGAAAAAGCCAAAACUGAAUACCAAAAGCAAAACUGUUUGACACACAGACAUACCAAAUAACAACCAAAUCAAUGCACAAUUGUCGGAGAGGAACAGUUGGAUAACUGUGUUUGUGCUAGGGUUUUCUGGACAGAUAUGUAGAGAGACUGGUUGAGUGUGUGUGUGUGUGUGUGUGUGUGUGUGUGUGUGUGUGUGUGUGUGUGUGUGUGUAUUCAGGCAUGCUACCAUACAUGAUUGCGCACAUACCUGUGUGUGAGAUAUGGAUGGCGUGUAUGUGACAGGAGAGCAAAAGAGAGACCGAAUGAGUGUGUAGAAAGAGCUGUUCUCUCGCAUAUAUGAACCAAACCAUAAAGAUUCAGUACACACUCUUCUGUCCAGUGUGCCACAGAAUACUGUUCGAUAAACACAUGAAACUACACAUGUGAAACGAGGCAUACUUGGGCACAUAUAGGCAGAUAUUAAAGGCAACCAAUGAUAAUAUUGUGGGGAGGGGCGGGCGGGAAAUCAACUGAAAACCAGUUGACCUACCCUUUAUAGGGAAUGUAUCUGUUAGUGCUUCAAUAGAUUUUGUAGGAAAAAAAGCUAUAUCUUCUACUGCUAAUGUAUAAAAGGCUGUGAAAUGAUCCUUGAUAAAAAAAAAAUGUUGAU